AUGCCCGCCCCUCCCCCCCUCCCCUGGGCCUGUCCCCCUCGCCCUCCCCGCGAUCGGCCCGUGUGCUGUCCGCCGGUGCUCGCCGCGCGCCCUCGCGUGCGUUGCGCAUAGGGGGCGAUCAGCAAAACAACCUUCGAGCUGGGUUCUCCUCGCCCGUGCUUCCAUACUUUACAUGCAGCUCGAGUAAUGCCCCCGGAAUUAUUUCGCUAAUCUCUACAUACUCAUGCUGCUCUUGUAGUACCUGUUCGAGGCGAUCGAGCGACGAUGCGGGAAUCAGUCGAGUUCGGCUUCGUCCAGUCGCGUGCAAUACUCGGCUGUUGAGCUCAAGAAAUUGGUCCUCGAUGCCAGCGAGGGCGUUGUAAGUCAUUGUCACGCGUUCAUCACCCUGACACGUGAAUACGUCGGAUCUCGCGACGCGUCCAGCUCUUUGCAUAUACUCACCUUUUCCUGGUCGCGGCUGUGUCUUGCGUCAUUGCAGGAUGACAAGUCCUCGGCGCACGAUUUCGUCGACACGCUCGAGCGAAUAGUGAACGAGAUCAAAAACACCACCGUGAGUAGUUUGACCUGGAGCCGUCAUUACUCGUGGCACUGACGCAUUUCAUGAUCUUCGAUGGCGAUAGGAGCAUUCGGCAGCGUUCUUGCAAAAGGUCCGCAAGACCGACGUUCCGGACUAUUAUGACAGUACGUCAAUUACCGGAACCUCCGUCAUGGUCGAAGAUUGCUUGCAUGCUCACCUCUCCGGAAUGCAACGCGAAUAGUCAUCAAGCACCCGAUGGAUCUCGCAACAUUGGCCAAGCGCGUCAAGCAACAAAUGUACAGGUCCAAGAAAGCCUUCGCGGACGAGCUUGAUUUGAUCUGGUCUAAUUGCUUGUUGUACAACUCUCAUCCGGUGAGCGCCACUCUGCCACCCGCACUACGGAAGGGGAGUUCUCCAACUGAUCUCAGCACCUUCACUGCCACAGGGACAUCCUCUGCGUCGCUCAGCCGAAAUCCUCCGCGCCAAAUCGAACCAACUCCUCGAGUUUAUCAGCGACCCUGCUCUACCCAUACGGUCACUCUAUGCUCAGACGGUCGCGACUCAGGUCGGUGGAUCUUCUAGUCGGCAUCGUAACAGCGUGAGGGGGACACCCGCUCCUGGCGACGAAGCCGAUGUUGAAGGCGAUGACGGGAGCGAAGCUGGCGCAAGGGCGAGAAGCGUAUCUGUCGCCCUCGGACGGCAUAGCAGUAUUCUGCAAGCCGCCAACGAGCGGCUGCUGAAUGGCGUCAAUGGCGAUGCUCGGGAACGCUCUUCGUCGCCGAUGUCGGGUCCUCAAACGCCGCUGGCGAGCACAUUCGCGCCUCGCAACAAACUGGGUCGAGGCCCGCUCGGUCGAUCACCCUCUCCUACGCCUGAGCCCGAACUGCCUUUCGAGGAACGCCCGGCACUCAUCCGGACAGCACAGGGGAUGCUCGAUUUCGCCUCUCUCGAUGAUGAGCUCUCCCGACUGGACGCUGAACUCGAACGCAACCCGGUCGCAUCGACGUCCAAGUUGAUCUACACAAAUCCAACCUCGCUCGUCGCAAAAGCGUCAAAGACUUCGCUGGUCUCUGAGGCAUCAUCGCACGAUUCCGCUGAAUCGCAAUCCCUUCUAUACAAGCUCGUCCACUCUCUCAACCCUGCCGCAUACCCCUCACCCCCUCCAUCCAUCGCUCCGACGAACGGCGAUUCCAGCUCGUCCGGUGCUACAGGUGAGGCAAGUCCACCCUCCGCCACCACAACCGUCACCUCCCGACCCAACCUCGACGAACCUCCAGAUAGUCUCUGGUGGGAAACCGUUGCUCCGAGUGUCGAGACGGUCAACUGCCUGCACGACGUCGAUAUCCCUUCGACCGCCUCAUUCAAAGCACUUGCGGCUGGUAUGCCCCUUGUUCCUUGGAGACCCGCACCGCCGGAAGCUAAGAAUGGAUGUCGCGUCAAGCGGAGAAAACUCGCCAAGAGUCACGAUUCAGAAGCUCGGGGCGAGAACGGGGUUGCUGAGGUUCCUAAAGCUACGACGAACGGGAAGAAGGUCAGCAAGGUCAAGACGAAUGGGACGGCCCCGAACAAGAACGCCGUCCCAUUGGUCGGACUAGGUCGCAAGAUGCAUCACAAUACGGAAACACUGCGCAAGAUCCGGCGGUUGCACAAGUUCCUUUCGAGUGGGACAAGAACGCCGCCGUCGAUGAUGGAGCUGCGAGCGGAGGGUGACAUCGUCCUUCCCGUCGCGGCCGACCUCUCCGAAUCUGAUAUCGAAGACUCCAAAAGACCGCGAGGCGCGGCGUACCUUGACUCGGGCGUACCGGCGUCGGCAUUCCGCACCGCCGAUGCGCCCAAGGCGGCUCGGCAGAGCAUGGAAUUUGUCACAACAAGGGUGCUCGAGCACGUCGGGUUCGAGAGCUCGAGCUCCAUCGCGCUCGACGUCAUGACCCAUGUCGCUUCCGAGUAUCUUUCGAAUCUGGGCCGCACGAUGAAAUUUUUCGCCGAUCGGUUUGGUGAUAAGAUGUCGACCGAACAGCUGUUGCUGCAUGUCCUCAGUGAGAACGGCGUCGCUUCUCCAUCCGAUUUGCAUGCCUACGUCUCGGACGACAUUGACAAGUACGGUGCGACUCUGGAUGGAUUACACGGCAAGAUGGACAAGGCUCGACGAGAUCAGAUCCAGGCGACCGAAGUCGAGGCGACCGUCGACGAGUCCAAGGUCUUCCUUGAGGAUGAUGAAUUGGCGAUUGGUACUCUAUCAAGCGUGACGGGCGAGGACUUCUUUGGACUCGAAGCUCUGGGCCUCGAUAAGGAGAAUCAUGGUGCGACGCAUCUCUCGAUCCCGUCGCAUCUCUUCAGUGGUCAGGCCGAACCAGUCAAGGAGAUCGAAUACCCACCACCACCGCUCACGAUGUCGGCCAUCUCGGCCUUGCCUCGUCUCUUGCAACCAUACUUUGCUCUCCGAGCCGCGAAUCCCGACUUGGGUCUACAAGAGGAUCACACGCGCUUGCUUCCGGGAUUACCAGGGUUCUUGCCCCGAGCCAAAAUCUCGCCUUUGACUGGCAAGAUCUCGGCCAAGGGGGCGCUCGCUCAAAAGCGCAAAUUGGACGAGUUGAUGGAAGUCGAAGGUCUGCCUUCGCCUACAGUCACGGUCUCGGCUUCAAGCAUCGAUACCAAUUUUAUCACUCAGGCGACAGAUGGAAAGAAGUCCCAGGCUGUGAACGGAUGA